ACGCUGCUCUAGCGACACCAUAUUCGUCAUAUUCUGCCAUAGAGCUCAGUCUCACACUCUCUCUCUCUCUCUCACUGUGUUUUGCUAAAUCCAAGAAACGAAACCUGCAGGAAAAGCAGAAUUUGAAGCAAAGCUAUGUCUUUCAGCUGGGCUUUCAUGGCCAGUUGGUUCACACCCACCUCGCUUUUCGUCCUCCUCAACCUCACCAUCUUAACCAUCAUUCUCACCUCCCAUCUUGGUUCUCAGAGAAAACCACAAGAACAGCAACACCACCACCACCAGCAGCUUGAGCAAGCUCCGUCCUUUCUCAACCGAGUAAGGUCGAUCAACUUCUCACUCUACAAGUUCGAGCAACCCAACGCCGCAGACCCAGUCACCGAGUUUUUCCAACCAGCAGGCGUUCUCAAUCACGUCGAAAUUCCGUACCAGAACCCGGAUCACCCUUCGACGACACAACUCGCCAGGUCUCCUUCCCUCUUGGAACGCCUCAAGUCGAUCAACCUCUACUCUCUCUACGGAUCCGACUCGUCCGCAAUGGAGUCGGAAAUUCUUCACCCCACGGAGCCCGACCAAGGCACUCGGAAUCUGAAAGCGGAGACUGACAACAUGGUCAAGCGAAGCAACUCGGACAAUGGCGUCGGAGUUACUAAAAGACCGGCGGUUGAGAAGAUAAAGAAGUCUGCGAGCGAGAAGUCCGCGCUAGGGAGCUCGGAGGAGAUCAAGACGGGGAGAGCCUUGCCGGACGAAGAGGUGGACGCGAAGGCGGAUGAUUUCAUCAACAGGUUUAAGCAGCAGCUGAGGUUGCAGCGCCUUGACUCUCUUCUGCGUUACAGGGAGUUGCUGAACAGAAAUAAUUAGGAUCGUCAAUUUUGUUUUUGCUCCUAUUGGCCGAUUAUGUCCAGCUAUGCUCCAUCACCCCCGAUGGGAAUAGUAUGGGUAUUUCGGUCAUUUAGGCUUA